UUCAAAUUUUCCAUUUUAAUAUACUUUUUUUUUAGUUGUUUCUUUCAUUUAGUUUUACUAGUUAAAUUAAUUUUAAGAAAUUUCCUUAUCUUCAGGAAUAUAAAAUGGAAAAGAGUUUUGCGACACAUAGCCAUUCCGUGAGCAUACGCAGUGUUUCCAAUAGUAAAUAUUACUUAGCUUCUGCUGGAGCUGAUGAGACAGUAUGCCUGUACGACAUGCGUUAUAGGAGAGGGUGUGGCAAAUUGAUACAUCAUAACGAUACUAUUAAUUGCAUUGCGUUCACUCCGGAGAACUCGCAUCUGUUUACGUGUAGUAACGAUGGCAGUAUAGCUGCCAUUCGUUGCGGCAAUUGGCAGACCAAGAAACACUGGCCGAAAGCACAUAAAGGUUCGGCUGUCAACACCUUGGCUAUUCAUCCAACAGGAAAGUUGGCAUUGUCCACUGGAACUGACGGUGUGCUGAGAACGUGGAAUCUGAUUAAAGGCAGGUAAGCUUAUGCUAUUAACUUAGUACCAAAAUUGAAGUUUGACGCAAGGUACGUCACGAUUAUCAAAUGGAGUCCAAACGGCGAGAAAUAUCUAUUAGGUGUCAAUCUCAAGAUAUAUUUGUAUUCGGUGGAAUCGGCUAGGAUAGAAAAAGAAAUUAAAUUCGACUCCAAAGUGAUUUGCGCGGAAUUUUUAAAAGACAACUUGAUCGCAGUCGGUCUCGAAAACGAGCAAAUCAAGUUUUGUGAUCUCAAAGCGGCUCAGAUAAUGGACACAACAGCACAUGACAUGAGAGUGAAAUGUAUCGCGCAUACGAACGAUUUGUUGGUUAGUGCAUCCAGCUCUGGAGAAAUCAAACUUUGGAGAUACAACAAGCAUGGUUUGAAUAUCCUGCAAACCGUUAAUUGUGGCGCCAGGAUUACUUGCCUUUCUUUGGCACAAGCUUGCCGGAAUCUAACGCAAGAGACAGAAGUCAAGUUAGAGGAAGAGAACGAAGUAAGAAAGGAGAGCAAGCUCAGACUGAAGCAACAAGUCAUUGUUGACUAUGCCGAUGACUGGGAAGUGUGACGCAUUUUUGGUUAUGGGUCUUCAUUGCAGUGCGCUUUUUAAAACUCAAUAUUAUAUUUCGAAGAAUAGAUAAAUAAUAAAUUAAAUAUAUCGGGAAUUUCCUGACAUUUUAUCUUAAAACUCUUCUUAAUCUAUUCUUAGAUCUACGCCGACGGGAUUUGUCAGUCAAA